ACAUAUCUAUUUGUUCAGAACAUGUAGUACCGGUUCUCAGCUAUAAUAAAAGGACUCUUGCUUCUCCCCAUAUCUUUGUGUUUCUGAAACAUUACUUUUAAGAAAAAUGUUUGUUUGAUAGGCACGUUUUUUAAAUUUGCAAACCAAAAUGCUUUAGUUGGUAAAAGGUGAACCACACUGUGUUUGUUAGGGAAUCAUAGGGCAUUUUAAAAACACGUUUAGUUUGUUUGUGGAGUUUUGGCGGGGAAAUAGUUCCACAUUUAAGACUACUGUUUUUGUUUUGCUAAGUAGCGGGAAAAAAAGGCAAGGAGGACGCUGUGCGUACGUCAUGACGUCGAACCGGAAGUGCUAACUAACGUUUGACCGUCGGUUUGUGUUCCUUUUGACAGUCUGGUAGUUGGUACUUGGAACGGCUGUUAUUUAGGUCACGUAGUGUGAGUGUCUGUGGAGCUUCAUGAUGUCGGCGACGCUGCUGCUCAAGCUGCGGGUCAGCGAGCGACUUGAGGCGGCUGUAGAGGAAAUCUUCGGAGUGGUCGAGAAGACGGUGUCGGAGUAUCAGGAGGAAACUGUCCGAUGCAAGAGAGAAAUCCUCCAACUGAGACAGCAGAUCGAGCAGCUGACCGUCCUGAAACCUACAGUUAUAUUAUUGAGCGCAGACACCCAGACGGCCUCUGAGGAGCCAGCCCAGCUGCCCAGUGUGGAGGAAAUUGAGAUCUGUGAUUCUCUUCAGAUCAAGGAAGAGCAGGAGGACUGCUGUAUCGGUCCAGACAACGCUAUGAAUGAUCUAGACACGCAGGCUGAUCCUUCCAACAGUGCUAAACAUCUUAAAACAGAACCAGUUACAAACUGUGAGCUGCUCCCAUCUUCCCCGGCUUUAACUUGUAGCAUAAACAAAAGCACAGACGACAAAUGUGAUGAAAGGGAUGGUUCAUCAUUACCUCCUCAGAGUCAAAAGGUGAAUCAGUGGAUCCUCCCAGCCCUUAAGGAUUGUUCUUCCAAGGAUGUCAACAUCAGACUCAUGGAUACUGAAACAAUGGCUCAAAAUGACAACCAGCUGUUCCCCACCUACAGCACUAUCACUGUGACAUUAAAUGAUGAUUGGAAUGGGAACACCAGCUCAGGCUCAGGCUCAUCCUCCUGUGCUCCGAUUCGCAGUGACUAUGCUUUUAUGGAGCAAGAAGAAACCCAGAAGGAUGACAGGUCUUGCCAUUUGUGUGGCAAGGAUUUUAACAGGGACUCUGAUCUGAUCAAACACGUUGACAAGGUUCACAUGACCAUGAAGGCUUUUAAAUGCCCUGAAUGUGACAAGGCGUUCGUCUGUAGGUUCCACCUGACUGUGCAUUUAAGAAUUCACACGGGUGAAAAGCCAUUCAAGUGUUCUUACUGUACGAAAUCAUUUGCUCAAAGGUCAAAUCUCAAUGUUCACAUGAGGAGGCACACAGGGGAAAAGCCAUAUUUUUGCAAAACGUGUAGCAAAAAGGUCGCCAGUACCAAUCAUCUCAAAAAAUGUGGUAUAAAAGAGCUCAAAUUUUGCUGUUCAAGGUGUAGUCAAAGAUUCCUCACAGUUUCAAAACUGUGGGAUCACGAGCAGAUGCAUGAAGCCAGCACAUCCCAGCCUAGUUAGUGUUAGGAAUAUUUUGAUUAGGUGUUUAACCUUUGACCUGGUUCAUCCUUGUCUUCUUCCUCUGUCUGUAUUGCCAUGGCAUAGUUCUUCAGCCUUGGAGGUGCUGUUAUCUUUAUUAAGGAGGGGCAGCCUGGGCUUCCUGAGCCUUGUUGUUCCCAUACUGGGUACGAGCUGACCUAAGAUUGGGUUUAUUGUUUUGGGACAGCUGGGCACUAGUUUAUCUGGCACCAGGUGCUCUUGUACACAUAUUCUAUUGACCUAGAUGACAGUUUUAGUUAGACGUGACUGAAGACUGUUGACUGUCCAUUCGAACUGGUUAAAACCUCAUAUUGUAGUAGAGAUCUUCAGAAUUGGUCGCUCUGUGAACUCGUGGCUGCAGCAAAAUGUCUUGUCAAUUCUCCGGCCGUUAACUUCAGAAUAAACCUUCAGUGUUUGCCAUCAAAGUUCCAGCUCUCCCAUGUGUCUCUCUGAGUUUCGUCUCCAUUGCUUCAGAAGAAUCCAUCGCAGGCAGUUUUGACAUUCAUUCUUCAUUCAUUGUUUUCCCACAAAACAUGUACACACUUCUGUCCUCCCUGAAUGUGCUUGCAGUUAAUGCGACCAACUGAUAAGAAGUGUUGUUAUAUUUUUUAUUAAUUGAUCAGAAUCUGGGAUGCAACAAUUUGUCACACGUAUUAAAGGAGUUUGUUUGAAGGACAGUGAGUAUGUAGUAUGUAAACAAGGACUCAAUACUGAUGUAAAGGUUGUCACAUGUUAGGACAACUAGCACCUAUACAAAAUAUUUAAACUUAAGAAUACCACUGUUAACAUUUGACAGCAGCAUGUUUGUAGCUUCUUGAGAAAUGCCAAAAUGCAGAUCAAAUUAUCUGGUGCCCUAAAAAAUGUAGUUCUCUCUGAAGGUUUUUUGAUCUGUGCAUUUGAGAUCUCAAACCACUUUUCUCCUCAUCUGUCUGAUGCCUGUUUCUGCUCAUGAUUGUCUUGUACUUCGUUUCAAAUAAAUA